AUGUCGUCUCGGCCCCGAACUCAACCCAACCGGCGUAUUGAGCGGUCUUGCGCCGUUUGUCAUCGUCGAAAGGUUCGCUGUAACAAGACUUUGCCCUGCUCGCACUGCAUUCGUAGCGGCUUUGAGUGCACGUAUCCUCCUGCUGGCCCGACUGUCAGACGGGCGAAGAAAACAACCAUUAGUGAUGUCGCAAGUCGCAUUUCACAUAUGGAAAAGACCAUUGAGGCGUUCAAAGCAGGCCAAGUCGCGGCUCCACAGCCAUCGGAAUCUGUUUCUUCACUCACUCCUACGAACACAUCGAUAGCUACACCUGCAACUACUUUCAAUGGUGGUGAAUUAAGAGAAAGCGUGCCAAGGUCGAACGCUACGGAACGAAAUCGUGACGAAGGUCUUUUAUUGAAUAAGGGAAGAUUCAGUCACUACGUCAAUGAAGUUCUUCUCUCGCGAGUCAUCCAACAGGAAGAUGAUGUACGGACAGCCCUCGCAACACCAAGGGAUGAACCCCCCCGUGAAGCUAAUUCCCCUGCCUCUCCUUUUAAUCCAAUGGGAUUGCUAUCCGCCAAAUUAUCAUUUGCAUCUCUUACCAGCUUCCAUCCUCCUAGGAAAAUCGCUAUUCAUCUCUGGAAAGUCUUUGUCGAUGUUGUCGAUCCAUGCACCAAAGUCACUCAUAUUCCAACUUCUGAGACGAUAGUCUACACUGUGGCCAGUGACCCUUCCAAAGCAACUGCUGAAAACCUAGGGUUAUGUUUUGCUAUUUUCUAUGCGUCAAUCACAGCUCUUACUCCAGAGGAAGUCUUUGGUGUCACGGGCGAGGACAAGAAAGAAGUCCUCCAUCGCUAUAGAGUCUGUUUAGAGCAGUCCUUGGCCCAGGCUGAUUUCCUCGAUAAUCCCACCCUAACCCUUGUCCAAGCUCUAGCAAUAUGCUCAGCAGCAAUGCGUGUUCACAACAGUGGCCGGGCCGUAUGGAUAAUGAACGGCAUUACCAUUCGAGCAGCACAGUCGAUAGGCCUGCACAGGGAUGGCAGUAAGCUCGGUCUGCCUCCUUUCGAAUCGGAAAUCCGCCGUCGAGUGUGGUGGCAUUUCCUCGAGCGAGACGCCAGAGGCGCCGAGGACUAUGGGCUUCAAAAUCCAUCAAGCUCUUCUGUAAUUGGCGUGGAACAACCCCGAAACCUUCAUGACAGUGACCUUUUUCCAGGGAUGAAAGAGCUUCCUCCUUCUAGACCAGAUUGGACACGGAUGACGCUACCUCUCUGCAACACCCAAGUAUCACGGGCAUGGGCACGGUUAUCUCUGAUGAGUUGUUCGGAAGAUGGAAUUCCAGGUGAAGAUGUUCGAAAACAGGUUUUCGACGAUGCCAUGAGUAAGGUGGAGGCGAUUCUGCAGCGCUGCAAUCCCGUGAUACCAGAGCAACGCAUGACGAUUCUCAUAUCCCAACUGGUUUUGCGUAAAGUAGAGGUCGUCUCCCGUCGACAAUGGCAAACACUCCGUCAAUCCGACAACCAACAGUCCUUAGCGACCGAGAGUGACGUCCUCGAGGCAGUGGAACUCCUCGAGCACGCCAACAUGAUGUGGCAAGACGACGACAUGGUUCCGUUCCGAUGGAUAGCCCAAGCUUUCCCACAAUACCACAUGAUGCUCUAUAUCCUGCGCCACCUUUGCGUGUCUCCUCGAGGACCAAGCGCAGCCAGGGCAUUUGCAGCGGUAGAAGAGCAUCUGGAGAAUUUCAAAUCCUGUGGCAGCGGACCGCUGAGCGGAUUGAAGUGGACGGUGCUUACUACGUUGAGGAACCGGGCGGUUCUUCUGAUGCAGAGAGUUGAGAGGGAGGGCGCAGGUGGACAUGAGGGACAGGGUAAUAAUCUUCAGAUGGGGAUGGCGAGCAGUGGUGCUGGGGAGAUGCGGGAUAAGGGUGAGGGGGAUUUUAAUAUGCCGGAUUGGAAUACGAUAUUGGAGGAGUUUCCGUUGGAGAUGGAAGAUUUUUCUUUGCUUUUCUGA